AUGUGUGAUACACCAUUUAAAUCUCCUUAUCCAAGUAAGAAAGCAAAGCUUACACGCACAGAAAGUGAUGAAAGUGUUAUAUCUGAAACAGGCUCCACUGGUAGUUCUGGAUCAACUUUAGGAUCUACAAAUGAUCUUACUAUUGUUGCUUUAUAUGAUGAAUUACAGCGUUUAUACCACCAGAAAGUUGAAGAUAGGGAUAAGUUGCACGACAGCUUUUAUAAUUUUGCAGAACAAACAAAACUGUUGUACCAAGAAUGGACAAAAACAAUUGCAGAAUGCAUAAGACUAAGAAAUGAGGUCGAUCAAAAAAUUGAAGAAGGAAAUGAAUACAAUAGACGCCUGAAAAAUGCAAGAAAAAUGUUGGACGAGGAGACUAAGAAACGAAAAUUGGCUGAACAGGAACGAGAUGAAUUUAAACAUCAGAUUGCUAAAUUUUGUAAUGCUUUGGUUAAGGAUAGUAGAAAUAAGUUAGCUGAUGAUGCUAAAGAACAAAUUAGCAACUUAUAUUCAGGAAGAAUGAGUUUUGGUGAUCCAGAAAGACUCAGUGCUAUUAAAGAAAUAAAUUCUACUGGUUCCAUUCUCUCAGAUUUCAGCUAUUCUCGUUCAGAAGAUGAUUUAGACUCUUCAAGAUGUAUGAAUAAACCUACAAAGGAAUGGAAACGUCAACAAACUGAUUUGAUGGAAGAACCAGCUAAUAAAAAAAGAAGGUCAACAUCAAACAAAGGUGUGGAAAUUGGCAUUACAGAUACUAUUAAGGCAACUACAACUUUAACUUUAAAUAAAGAUGGUCCCAUCACAGCAACAUCUAUCAUUGAGUCAAUUCCAAAAUCUGAUGGAGAAUGUGUAGCACCUCCAAACUUGAUCUUAGAAUCAUGGAAUAGACAAGAUGAAAGAAAUGCUGCUAGUCCAUAUGUAGACAUAAACAGUAAUUUCAGGCAACAUUGCUUACAACAAAAGACAGUUGUAAUGCCAAAUAUAUGUUCAGUUUGUGAAAAACACAUCCGGUUUGGAAAAACUGCCCUUAAAUGCAAGGAAUGUCGAAUGUUGUGCCAUAUAGAAUGCAGAGACUUAAUGCCUACACCGUGUGUUCCAGUUCUCCAUACACCCAGCUCCAAGAAAUUUACUGGAACAAUAGCCGACUAUACACCAACUAGUGCCCCAAUGGUUCCAUCACUCAUUGUUCACUGUGUUAAUGAAAUUGAAAAGAGAGGUCUGAGUGAAUUGGGAAUAUAUAGAGUUCCAGGAUCAGAAAAAGAAGUUAAAGGUUUAAAAGAAAAAUUUCUUUCUAGUCGUGUACCACCCAACCUAAAGGAAAUAGAUAUUCACGUGAUCUGUGGCUGUAUAAAAGAUUUCUUACGUUCUCUUACGGAACCCUUACUGACCUACACUCUGUGGAAUGAUUUUGUAACAGCUGUUAAAGCAAAGGACUCAAAUGAUAUAAUGCCCGCACUGUAUGAAACAAUAGCCAAGUUGCCACAACCUAACAGAGAUACGUUGGCCUUUUUAAUAUUACAUUUACAACAGGUUGCCCAAAGACCUGAAUGUAAAAUGCCAAAAGAUAAUUUAUCUAAAGUGUUUGGUCCGAAUAUAGUUGGCUACUCAUCAAGUAAUCCCGAACCUAAUAAGUUAAUAGAAGAAACUAAGUACAUCAUUAAAGUGAUGACAUACAUUAUGAAUAUUCCCCCAGAUUUUUGGAAAAACUUUAUCACUGUGUGCCUGACUCCUUCUACGAACUGCAACAGACUUCAACAAACCCCAAGUACAGAUUCAUUAUUGAGACCAACUGCAACGAGAUUUUUCACCCCAUCCGGCAGAAGUGAAAGUAAGUUUAGAAAGAAGAGAGAGGGCAAAUUCUUUGGAACGCCACCAGCAUAUAAGUAGAGAAGUGAUCGAUAUUUUGUAUGUUGUAUUAUUGUAUAUACUUAAUGCUUUAAAC